UUGAGCGAGCCGCAAUAGAUAGAUACUUCAAGUCUAUUCUCCGGCGAGCAGGCCGAUGAACAAGAUAUCAAUAUCAAGCGGGGGCGUCGUGAACUGAGAUUUAUUUUCACGAGGCGUCGCUGUUGUAACCGACGAAUAAACGGGAAAGGUGCAGAGAAAUUACCCGCCCCGCAUAAUCUCGUACCAUCAAACAUCUUGAAGUACAGAAACAAACACGACCACGUCGAGAUGGCGAGCAGCUAUUGUACCUCCCCGGCGCUCCUGCAGUUUUUGCAGACCACGGUGUCCGUUCCGUUGGCAACGGCGGAGGAAUGUCAAAAGUUUUGCACUUUCCUCAGUUUGGAUGAACGGUAUUGAUGAUUUUUUGCAGAUCCAAUGUUGAAUGAUGCAGUCAGUGUGUAAGUGUAUCAUGAAAAACAGGAUUGUGCGUCUGCGUUUGGUGUAUAACGACGAACAAAUUGUGAAGCUGCAGUUUGCGCUAUGAUCAUGACUACUAGUGUCAUUGAUGAGCACGAGCGCAUCAUAGCGUCGUGUCAUGAAGUUGUAGCCGAGAAGGUCGACAAUAACAUCGUGAGUAAUGUUGAACAGCAGGGCGUCAUUGCGCGUCAUGAAGCGCUAUCUACGCGUGUGCAUCAUACCAUCGCGGAUAAUGUCAUACAGCAUGGCAUCAUUGCGUUUUACGAAGCAUCAUCUGCAAAUGUUGAUCAUACCAUCGUGCAUAAUCUUAAUCCACAUGGUAUGGUGCUUGUAGUAUAUGUCGUGUGCUUGUAAUAGAACAUUUUCAUAUUGGAGAGCUUCGUAUAUCGCCAACACAGGUACGCUUCCAACGCCGUUUACAUUGGUUGCGUCACGCCUGGCAAUGGUGGGG